UUCUGCGGGCGGCGAGGGCCGCGCCGCCGUGGGCUCAGAGCCUCAUCUUCUGGGAGGGAGUGUGAAGAUGCUCAAAGAGCGGCCCGGGAUGGCGGAAGAACCUCAGCAGCACGUGAGCAGUGCUCCCGUGGUGAAGCUGGAGAAAGAGCUGCCGUGGGGAAAGGGAAGGGAGGACUUGAGCCCCGAGACUUUCCGGCUGAAGUUUCGGCAGUUUCGCUACCAGGAGGCUGCUGGCCCCCAGGAAGCCCUCCGGGAGCUCCAGGAACUGUGCCGCCAGUGGCUGAGGCCCGAGCUGCACACCAAGGAGCAGAUUCUGGAGCUGCUGGUGCUGGAACAGUUCCUGACCAUCCUGCCCCCAGAGUUCUACGCCUGGAUACGGGAGCACUGCCCCGAGAGCAGCAAGGCCUUGGUGGCCAUGAUGGAAGACAUGACGGAGAGAGCACUGGAGGCCAAGGCGGUUCCAUGCCAUGUGCAGGGAGAGCAGGAGGAGACAGCCCUUUGCAGAAGCCCUUGGGAACCAAGUGUCCACCUGGGGCCAGUGGAGGUCAAGCCUGAGUGGGGACUGCCCCCUAGGGAAGGAGUUCCCGGCCUCCAUCAAAGCACCGAGGAGCAGCUCACUCGGGACCCUAGAGACGGGCCACAGGCUUUCCAGGAGCAGGCUCUGCCUCUUCUUCAGGCUGGUCCCGGCCUCCCCUCGGUGAACCCCCGAGACCCCGGGAUGGCAGCUGGGUUUCUCACCGCCGGCUCCCAGGCCUUGGGGCCGUUCAAAGAUAUGGCUCUGGCCUUCCCUGAAGAAGAAUGGAGGCACGUGACCCCGGCCCAGAUAGACUGCUUCGGAGAGUAUGUGGAACCAGAGGACUGUGGGGUGUCAUCUCCAGGCAUUGGGAGCAAGGAGAAAGAGGCCAAAACCCAGCAGGAAGACUUGAAAGGGUCACUUGCUGGAUUGACGUCAGAGAGGUUUGAGGACGCUGUUCUCCAGAGCCCUGAGUUUGGAAGGACCUGUGACCAGGAACCCAGUAGUUCUUUGGGACACCUGCCAGGACUUCCUGCUCCCCAGCAUGGUGUCAUGCCCCUGCCCGAUGACCUCAAGACUCACAGUCCCUUCUGGAAGCCUUUUCAGUGUCCCGAAUGUGGGAAAGGCUUCAGUCGGAGCUCCAAUCUGGUCCGACACCAGCGAACCCAUGAGGAGGAGAAAUCCUUUGGCUGCGUGGAGUGUGGGAAGGGCUUUACUCUGAGAGAGUACCUCAUGAAGCACCAGAGAACCCACUUGGGAAAGAGGCCUUAUGUCUGCAGUGAGUGUUGGAAGACCUUCAGCCAGAGACACCACCUGGAGGUCCACCAGAGAAGCCACACAGGCGAGAAGCCCUACAAGUGCACUGACUGCUGGAAAAGCUUCAGUCGAAGGCAGCACCUCCAGGUGCACCGGAGGACUCACACCGGGGAGAAGCCCUAUACCUGUGAGUGCGGCAAGAGCUUCAGCAGGAAUGCCAACCUUGCGGUGCACCGGCGAGCCCACACUGGGGAGAAGCCGUACGGGUGCCAGGUAUGUGGGAAACGCUUCAGCAAAGGGGAGCGGCUGGUCAGGCACCAGAGGAUCCACACAGGAGAGAAGCCCUACCACUGCCCCGCCUGCGGGAGAAGCUUUAACCAGAGGUCCAUCCUCAACCGCCACCAGAAAACCCAGCACCGCCAAGAACCCCCGGGCCCCGUGAAGGCCCCCUACUGAAGCUGCUUUCAUGGUCGUCCUGCUUGGAGAAGGUGCUGGAGAAGGCUGGGCCGUCCAGAACCAUCAAGUGGAGGGAAACCGGGUUGGAAGUAGAUGUCCUUCCUCGUCACUCCCAAGAAAGCCUGUGGCAGGAGGGAUGAGGUGCAGAAAGGCGCCCCGACCCGUCUUCAGAAGUCGGGGGGAAAGAGACAAGGUUCUGCUCAUUUCAAGCUUCUGGAGAGCGAAGCUUCUCGAGUCUUGUUCCCAAGUGGUGCUCACACUGCGCACAUUGUGUCUUGGGGGAACCACCUCCUGGGCUGCAGUUCAGGUUGGAGUUUUCCUCCUUCAGUGGGGUGUUCUCGUCUGCUGAGGAGGGCUGGUGGGAAAGGCAGCAUUUCGCCACAGGUUAGCAUCUUGCGCCUCAGUUUUCCUGAGGGCUGUAUCGUGCCAGUGAGAUUACUCAGACUCUGCCCCCGCCUCCACAUCUCCCCCAGCUUUGUUCAUUAAUGGCUGUUCAUUGAACACUUACUGUGUCCCUGUGUUCCCGCUGUUAAUACAGUGGUGGAUGAGAGAGGCGAGAGAGGUGUUCUCGUGAUUCGCAGUGGAAAUAAACAUGAAAUGGUUACUAACA